ACUCAGUAUCCCAUCCCUGCCUUCUCUCCAUACCCCCUGAUCCCCUUAGCCACAAGGGCCACAUCUAACUCCCUCUUAAAUAUAGCCAAUGAACUGGCCUCGACUACCCUCUGUGGCAGAGAGUUCCAGAGAUUCACCACUCUCUGUGUGAAAAAAGUUCUUCUCAUCUCGGUUUUAAAGGAUUUCCCCCUUAUCCUUAAGCUGUGACCCCUUGUCCUGGACUUCCCCAACAUCGGGAACAAUCUUCCUGCAUCUAGCCUGUCCAACCCCUUAAGAAUUUUGUAAGUUUCUAUAAGAUCCCCUCUCAAUCUCCUAAAUUUCUAGUGUAUAAACCAAGUCUAUCCAGUCUUUUUUCAUAAGACAGUCCUGACAUCCCAGGAAUCAGUCUGGUGAACCUUCUCUGCACUCCCUCUAUGGCAAUAAUGUCCUUCCUCAGAUUUGGAGACCAAAACUGUACGCAAUACUCCAGGUGUGGUCUCACCAAGACCCUGUACAAGUGCAGUAGAACCUCCCUGCUCCUAUACUCAAAUCCUUUUGCUAUGAAACGUUGCCUGUUUCUCUUUCUACUGAUAUACUGUGUGACCUUCUGAGCAUUGUUUGGCAUUUCUUACAUUGCUGUGGUGCAGCGGUAGAGUUGCUGCCUCACGGGUUUGCCAGAGACCCGGGUUCGAUCCUGACUGCGGGUGCUGUCUGCACGGAGUCUGUGCGUUCUCCCCGUGACCGCGUGGGUUUUCUCCGGGUGCUCCGGUUUCCUCCCACACUCCGUUUAUAGGUCAAUUGGCUUCGGUAAAAUUGUAAAUCGCCCCUUGGGUGUGUGUGUGUGUGUGUGGAGGAAAGAGCUAGUGUAGCAGGUGAUCUCUGGUUAGCACGGACCUGGUGGGCCGAAGGGCCUGUUUCUGCGCUGGAUCUCGAAAGCCUAAAGUCUACAUUUAUCUAAACCCGACACACAUCUCUCAGAAUGAGCGGUUUGAAGGGCAGCUCGUCUUUUAUGGAAACGGUUACUGAGUCCUCCAGAACAGGGGUUUAUUAUAAAUUAAUAUCCAUUUCCACCCAGGGAACGAAUUGGGGAGGAACCUUACCGCCCAUCAUCCCCGCUACAAUUGGCUCAUUCUCCACAGACUUGACUUAUCAGCAAGCAACCGGCUGCCCAGCCAUUCGUGAUUUGUUCAACGUUGUGUCAAUCCAGCACAGGCAAGUAAGGUGGGGAUGUACAGCAUAGGAGGAGGUUCAUUGUAUGUGUGUGUGUGUGAGAGAGGGAGAGAGAGAGAGACAAGGGCAAGCUAAGCAUUGAACAGCAGUGCCCCCAACUAGAAAUUAACACGACAACAGCCUUAAUUCUAAAGAUGAUGUGGCCCCUGUGACUACAAGCAGCCUCCAAUGGUACUAAACAGCAUGUCUAGGACACCUUCAACUUCCCAGGAGAUUCGGAUGGAUGUACUGGACAACCCAUCUGUGCAGGGAAAGUACGCCAAAAAGAAAAGUAGAUUCAAGCGCUCGGAUGGAAGCACGUCCUCUGAUACAACCUCCAACAGCUUCGUUAGACAGGGUUCAGCAGACUCCUACACCAGUCGCCCGUCAGACUCAGACAUCUCUCUGGAGGAGGACAGGGAGGCGUUACGCAAGGAGGCUGAGCGGCAGGCUUUGGCACAACUUGAGAAGGCAAAGACCAAGCCCGUUGCAUUUGCUGUUCGAACAAAUGUCAGCUACAACCCCACCCAGAACGACGAUGUUCCUGUGCAAGGCAUGGCUAUUUCCUUCGAAACCAAAGAUUUUCUACACAUCAAAGAAAAAUACAACAACGAUUGGUGGAUAGGACGGCUGGUGAAAGAAGGGUGCGAGGUGGGAUUCAUUCCAAGCCCCGUGAAGUUAGAGAACAUCAGACUGCAACAGGAGCAGAAGAUGAGGCAAGGAAGGCUCUCGAGUAAAUCGGGUGGAAACUCCAGUUCCAGUCUAGGAGAUGUAACUGGGAACCGGAGGCCGACACCACCUGCAACAGGAAACGCGGACUUGACUAACUUAGCUUUUGACGUAGAUGUCGCUGAUCUAGAUGCAAACGAGAGUGAUUCACAGCCCAACCAUCGCUCCCCUAAAACGAGUGUUAGCAGUGUCACCACUCCCCCGUCCAAUGCCAAAAGAAUCCCAUUUUUUAAGAAGCAGGAGAAUAUACCCCCCUACGAUGUGGUGCCUUCGAUGAGACCAAUCAUACUCGUGGGUCCGUCUCUGAAAGGAUAUGAGGUAACGGACAUGAUGCAGAAAGCCCUGUUUGACUUCUUGAAACAUAAGUUUGACGGAAGAAUAUCAAUCACUCGAGUGACAGCGGACAUCUCGUUAGCGAAGAGAUCGGUGCUGAACAACCCCAGCAAACACACGAUCAUCGAGCGGUCUAGCACUCGCUCCAGCCUGGCUGAGGUACAGAGUGAGAUCGAACGCAUCUUUGAAUUGGCCAGGACCUUGCAGCUGGUCGCCCUUGAUGCAGAUACCAUUAACCAUCCUGCCCAGCUAAACAAAACCUCUCUGGCCCCAAUCAUAGUCUACAUCAAGAUCGCUUCACCCAAGGUCUUACAGCGGCUGAUAAAGUCACGAGGCAAGUCCCAGGCUAAACAUCUCAACGUACAGAUGGUGGCAUCAGACAAGUUGGCUCAGUGCCCUCCGGAACUCUUUGAUAUUAUUCUGGAUGAGAACCAGUUGGAAGACGCAUGUGAACAUUUGGCAGAGUAUCUAGAAGCCUACUGGAAAGCCACGCACCCGGCCAGCUGCAACCCGCCCAACCCUCUCUUGAACCGUACCAUGGCCACGGCUGCCUUGGCUGCCAGCCCGGCCCCAGUGUCAAACCUACAGGUACAAGUGCUCACAUCUCUCAAGCGUAACCUUGACUUCUGGGGGCCGAGCGACGCGGAGAACAGAGACGUGGCGGUGGGCAUUGAAGGCCCAGCGCAGCCGACGCAAGCAGAGGAUGCAGUCUAACGGUGUAACGUGCAGAGAGGGGAGAGGGCGCACAGCAGUGGCGUAAACCUGAAACUGUUCUUUCCCAGCCCCCCCUCCCGUCCUAGUGUUGCAGUCCCUGUAACAGCCCGUUGCUGCAUGUAGAUACCACCUUAACCAUGCUUUCCCUCAUUAGGGGGGGGGGCUUUAAGGCAAGAAGGAGGUCUGCCUUUCAGAUAAGAGGCUGCUUUCUUCGCUUCUCCUUCCCGUCCGUCACGCCUUGUUUGUGGGUUUUCCCCUCCGUGCCCCUGUGGGUGUGAGCAGCGUGCAAAGUGUGAGCCGACAGUUGUUGUGUCAGAAGGAACUGCAGACGCUGCUUUCAACCGAAGGCAGAUUCAGAUUCAGAUUCAAUCGGAGAGACCUGUAGCGCCAGACACAGAAAGC